CUGGGAUGCCAGGCGUGAGCCACCAGCGCCCGGCUGCUUUGUGUUUUUAAGCUGGCAUUUUAUGCUAAUGCCUGGGAUUAGGGGUCCAAUGAGAGGGACGAUUUCAGCCGCCAAACGAUGAUGUUCAGAGUGGCCCAGGCAGAGCUCCCAAGCCAGAUCGUCUCCUGCUCUGAACAUGGUGCCUUGACGGCCUUUCUCUGGCAGCUGCUGAUUCUCCUCCGACUCUCUCUAGGGUGACCACCACGGUCGAGGACAUCGUGGGGAGCAGAGAUUGUGACCUCUCCCUCCCCAGCCUGCCAGCUGUGUCCAGAGACGAUUCCCAGCACCUGCACUAGAAUCUGGGAGAUUCAGAGACCCGGGAGCCCCCCAGGAUCCUCUCUGCAACAUGAAACUUGGGGGCCGGAUGUGGUGGACCCUCCUGUCUGGCCCCAGGCGGAGGAGAGGAGGCCCCUUGAGCCGGGCCUUUGGCUCACAGCAGCCUCAUUCACACCCGACCGGGGAAUCAAGUGCCACAGAACUGGUCCGCCGCUGGACAGAGAUCUUUGAGAAGAGAGGCAUCCCAGAGGCCCAGGAAUCCAGCGAGUACAUCGUGGCUCAUGUCCUUGGAGCCAAAACAUUUCAGAGCCUAAAGCCAGUAUGUAGGACCAAGCCACUGACCCCUCAGCAACUUCAUGACAUCCACGAGCUGUGUAGUCUCCGACUGCAGAGGAUGCCCGUGCAGUACAUCCUUGGAGACUGGGACUUUCGAGGGCUCAAUCUGAAGAUGACACCCCCCGUGUUCAUUCCUCGGCCAGAGACAGAGGAACUGGUUGAAUGGGUGCUGGAGGAGGUGGCCCAGCGUCCCCAUGUGGCUGGAACCCAAGGCGGCCCCCUCAUUCUGGAGGUGGGCUGUGGGUCAGGAGCCGUCUCGCUCAGCCUGUUGAACGAGCUCCCCGAGAGCCAAGUCAUCGCCGUGGAUAAGGAGGAAGCCGCCAUCAGACUGACCCGGGACAAUGCUCGAAGGCUUCGGUUGCAGGAUAGAAUUCGGGUCAUCCCCCUUGAUGUGACGUCAGAGGGGAGCUGGACACCCCUUCUGCCCUGGGCACCCCUGGAUCUGGUCGUCAGCAACCCUCCCUACGUCUUCUACCAGGACAUGGAGCAACUGGCCCCAGAAAUCCUCAGGUACGAAGACCCCGUGGCCCUGGACGGCGGGGAGGAAGGCAUGGACGUCAUCUGCAGCAUCCUGACCCUGGCCCCCCGGAUCCUGAAGGAUUGUGGAAGCAUCUUCUUGGAAGUAGACCCGAGACAUCCCGAGCUGGUUGGCAGCUGGCUCCAGAGCUGGCCCAACCCGUCCCUCCGUCUCGUCGCCUUGCGCCAGGACUUGUGUGGGAGGCCCCGGUUCCUGCACGUGCAGAAGUCCAGGCCGUAUGUGUGAUCGAUCGCCC